AUGGCCGGAAGUUCCCAGAAGGACAGAAAGAAAGUGGACGUAUCCAUUCAGCACGAAUGUCCACUGAAUCUUCUUCCUCGCGAAAUAUGGUCGAUGAUUGCCACGAUGGUUGCAUCGAAUUUGAUUGAGGAUCUGUUCAAUAUGCAGAUGACGUGUAAGGUGUUCUUGGGUGCGGCGAGUUCAGACGCUGUAUACAAGCAUGCGACGAUGUCGUAUAAACCGUUAGUGCACUUUUUAGUUUACCUCGACCGCCCUGAAAGGAGAUUCCUUGAUCGCUGCGUGGAAGUAGGAAAUGUGGAUGCCAUACUCCGGCAGGGGUUCAUGGAGUAUUUCCGGUUUGGCCGCUGUGACAAAGGGAUGGAACUGUUUGCUAGGGCUUCAACGGAGGGUAGCGUCGAAGCAUGUUACCUGUGUGCCACAUUGCUACUGUGUGAUCACGAAGACGAAGAAGAAGUGCAAACGGGUGUUCAAAUGAUGGAGGUUAUCCGUAUUUCUGGGCAGCUCGAGAGCUGCAGCAAGUUCUUUAGGGACAUUUUCAACGAUUUCAUGGUGUUCUUCAAAAUGUUUGCAUCUGAAUGAACAUGACUAUUUACCACUCUUGU